UUCAAUGAACGAGAGAGAAUGAGAGAGAGAGAGAGGGGCAGAGUCCCUACAGUUACCAAAGUUGAAUAUUUAGUUUCCAAACUGAUAUGAUUCAUGCGCUUGUUCUCCUGUCCCUGCCAACCCUUCUUCCUCCCUUUUCCCUGUCUUCUUUCCUCUGUCCUCGUCAUCACCAUCAACGGAGGCUCCUCCGGAGACGCAAGCAGCAACAGCUAGUUUUGUCUUCGGAGUGAAGCAGAGAGAUCUGAAGCGACAGAUAAAGCAAAGCGAAAGCAAAAGAAAAGACGAGAUGGGUUGAAGUGGGGCAGUCUUCAAGGGGAAGCAAAGGCAGCUUAGAGUUAUUUCCGUUUCAGCUGCUCAUCGAAUUCCAGAGCAAAAGCCCAAAACCCCCCCAAAAAAAAAGAAGAAAAAUUUCGGUUCUUGAUUUCAGUUUUGGUAGUUCGGUCGCGUAAGAGAAGUUCCAAUCUCUACAUGAUUCUCGGGCCUGUGUUUUUAUCGAUCAGGUACAAGAAGAUUGAGAUAUAAGGCUAUUAGCCCUGUAUAUAGGAAUAAGUCGGUCUGACAUUGAACCAAUUCUUUCGCAUGCUGGUAAUAUAGCUCAGCAUAUUUUCACUGGUUCAAGACUCAGAGUGCACUUUUUCCGGGAAAAAGAGAAAAGAAAAAGAAGCUGAAAGGAGAGUUGUUGUUCGGUAGAGAUAUGGCGGCGGCGGCGGCUCUUGCAAAUUCUAAGGGCAUGUACUCUUGGUGGUGGAACAGCCACAUUAGCCCGAAAAAUUCCAAAUGGCUUCAUGAAAAUCUUACAGAUAUGGACGUAAAAGUUAACCAAAUGAUUAAGCUCAUUGAAGAAGAUGCCGAUUCUUUCGCUAGGAGGGCAGAGAUGUACUACAAAAAGAGGCCAGAGCUUAUGAAACUGGUUGAGGAGUUCUAUCGAGCCUACCGUGCAUUAGCAGAGAGAUAUGAUCAUGCAACCGGUGUACUUCGCCAGGCUCAAAAAACCAUGGCUGAAGCGUUCCCGAACCAGGUCCCACAGAUGCUCUCAGAUGAUUCGCCUGCUUCUGAGUCUGAUCCUCGUACACCCGAAAUGUCAUUCACCGGGCGGUCACUUUUUGAUUCGGAGGAUUUCAGUAAGGACUCUGGAGACCCUGCUUCCAAUCUACAAAGAAGGAAUGGAGCUUUCACGGAAGAGUCUGAUUCCAUGACUGGUGGGAAGAGCUCGAAACAGUUUAAUGACAUGUUUGGCUCUGCAGAAGGAAGAGUGCGGCGGGGUCUCAACUUCCAGGAGCAGAAUAGUGGUGGUGGUAGAAGUUCCAAAGCUGAAGCUGAAAUUCAAAGCUUGAGGAAAGCAAUUGCAGAAUUAGAAGCUGAAAAAGAAGCUGGCCAAGUUCAGUACCAGCAGAGCUCGGAGAGAUCGUCUAAUCUGGAAUUAGAAUUAUCUCGUGCACAGGAGGACUGCGAGAAACUUAAAGAACAAGCAAGACAAGCUGAGGCUGAAGUGGAAUCUUUGAAUGAAGCCCUUGAGAAAUUAGACGUUGAAAGGAAGGCAAAUCUUAUUCAGUAUGAACAGUGUCUGGAGAAAAUGAGUAACCUCGAGAACAGUGUUUCUUCUGCACAGAAGGAUGCUCAAGAACUCAAUGAACGUGCUUGUCGAGCUGAAAGUGAAUCUGAAACCCUUAAACAAGACCUUCUUAAGGUAGAAGCUGAAAAGGAAGCUGCACUUGUUCAGUGUAAACAGUGUAUGGAGAGGAUAUCUAAUAUAGAGGAUAAGUUGAUGCAAGCUGAGGAAGACACCAGAAAGAUUGUUGAGAGAGCUGAUAAAGCCGAAAGAGAAGUUGAAGCUUUGAAGGAAGAGAUUGCAAAAUUAGCUGCAGAGAAGGAAGAUGUGGCUAUAAGGUGCAAUCAGUGCCUAAAGACGAUUUCUGAUUUGGAGCAUAAAUUAUCUAUUGCCCAAGAGGAGACCCAGAGGCUGAAUUCUGAGAUAGGGGAUGGGGUCGAAAAGUUAAGAGGUGCAGAAGAAAGGUGUCUUCUGUUGGAGAGGUCAAAUCAGACUUUUCACUCAGAGCUUGAAUCUUUGGCGCAGAAAACGGCCAGUCAAGCACAGGAGCUUUCGGAAAAGCAGCAGGAGCUUGGGAAACUUUGGACGUGCAUACAAGAAGAGCGCUUAAGAUUCAUGGAGGCAGAAACUGCAUUCCAGACUCUGCAACAUCUUCACUCCCAAUCUCAGGAAGAACUCAGGUCUCUCGCUGCACAGCUUCAAAACAGAAAUCAACUUCUUAAUGACAUGGAAGUCCGUGAUCGGGGUUUACAGGAUGAAAUUCAGAAGAUUCAAGAGGAGAACAGGAACCUUGGCGAGCUUAAUUUGUCUUCAUCUCUGUCGAUUAAGAACUUGCAGGAGGAGAUUUUAAGCCUGAGGGAGAUGAUACAGAAACUUGAGGCAGAGAUUGAACUUCGUGUGGACGAACGUAAUGCUCUUCAGCAAGAAAUCUACUGUUUGAAAGAGGAACUAAAUGACCUGAACAAGAAGCAUCGCUUUGUACUUGAUCAGGUGGAUGCAGUUGGCCUUGACUCGGACUCCUUUGGGCAAUCUGUGAAGGAGUUGCAGGAUGAGAACUCGGAGCUGAAGGGACUGCGUGAACAAGAUGCGAGUGAGAAGGCAGUUCUUCUGCAGAAAUUGGCAGUCAUGGAUAAGCUUCUUGAGAAGAAUGUUCUCUUAGAAAAUUCCCUUUCAGACUUGAACGUAGAGUUAGAAGGGGUGAGAGAGAAAGUGAACUCAUUGGAAGAAUCCUGUGAAUCUCUCUUGCAAGAGAAAUCAAAUUUGGUUGCUGAGAAGGACAUGCUGACUUCUACAUUAGAGGCCACAAUGGAGACUUGCCAGGAACUUUCAGAGAAGAACAAGCUGCUGGAAAUUACACUUCAUGAUGCAAAUACAGAGCUUGAAAAGUUGAGGGAAAAAUCAAAGAUGUUAGAGGAGUCUUGCCUGUCGCUUGGGAAUGAAAAGUCGGUUCUGAUCACAGAGAAGGAAACUUUGGUGUCAGAACUGGAUUCUAUUCAGCAGAGAACGGAGGACUUGGAGAGAAGAAACAAAGGGCUGCAUGAGCAAAGUUUGCUUUUAGAGAAUGAGAGAGCGUCUGUCUUGAAUGAAAUCUCAAAACUGAAGGAUAUUUUGGAUGCAGAAAGGCAGGAGCGUUCCCAUUUUGAGGACCUGAGUAAAGUGCAGUUGGCUGAUUUAGUCUCUCAGAUCCUUCUCCUCCAAAAGGAAUUGCAGUCCAAGAAAAAUGAACACCAUGAGGAAUUGGAUAAAACUAUGUGUUUCAAGAUUGAAAUCUUUGUCUUGCAUAAGUUCAUACGGGAUUUGAAGGAUAGAAAUUCUUUCCUCAUGUUAAAUUGUCAAAAACUCAUGAAAGCAUCCAAAUCCUCAGAAGAACGAGCUGCUCAGUUGGAGCAUGAAAAUUCUGCUCAACAAAUGGAGCUAAAGUCUCUCUCUGAUCACAUUAAUGUACUGUACUUGGGGCUGUCCCAGAUAUCCAAGAUGCUUGAAACUGGUGCAAAAUCUGGCUUCCAAGAUGAUCUCAAGGAAGCUCAACCUCUCCUAGAUCCUAUCAUGCAGAAGGUCCAAAACUUGCAGGGUUUGCUCACUGAAACUGAGGAGGAGAAUCUUCAGAUGUUCACCGAAAAAUCAGUCCUUGACACAGUGCUGAGGCUGAGGGAGCUGGAGGUGGCUAAUCUUGUGGCUAAGAUGACUAGCCUUGAUGACGAGCACAGGGUUCAGUCUGAGCAAUUCCUUUCAUUGCACAGGGAGACCCAAGAACUGACAGAAUUUAGCGAAGAUCUGGUACUGAAGGUGUUAGAGGGACUCUGCAGAGAGGAAGUGCUGAAAACUGAAAUGAAGGUUUUGCAUGUACAGCUGUCAGAUGUGCGAGGGGCUUUCCAAUGUCUAAAGGAAGAUAACCACACAGUGCAUGGCGAGAGAAGAUCUUUGAUUGAUCAAGUCUCACACUUGAGUGGAGAAACACGUAAACUGGAAGAGGAAAAUAGCAUUAUUUCUGACCAAACCAUAAGUGAAGCUACCACUUGUCUCGUUUACAAGAGUAUUGUCCUUCAAAAGUUUUCAGAACUGAAGGAAUUGAAUAAAGCGUUGUCAAAACUUCACUUGGUCAACAUGGAACUGAAGGAGAAGCUAGAACUUGUGGAGCACAAUUUGGAGAAAAUGCAAACAGAUAAGUUGCAAUCUGAGCUAUUGGUGGAGAUUUUGGAGAAGGAGCAGACAUCUGUUCGAUCGGUCAAUGACCGUCUGAAUGACGAGAUAGAAAGUAAAAAGGAGAUGUUGGAGAAAAUGCAAACAGAUAAGUUGCAAUCUGAGCUAUUGGUGGAGAUUUUGGAGAAGGAGCUGACAUCUGUUCGAUCGGUCAAGGACCGUCUGAAUGACGAGAUAGAAAGUAAAAAGGAGAUGUUGUGCCUGACAGAAAACAAGCUUCUGGAAGCAGAACAGAUGGUAAAUGCAGUUGCCUCCGAGAAAACAGGGUUACAAAAUGAGUUGGACCAUCUGAAGACUGAAUAUGCUGAAGUUCAGGCGACGGGAGAAGAUCGUCUGCGGCAGAUUCUCAAGCUCUCUCAAGACUGUGAUCAUCAAAGCAAGGAAGCCGAAAUUCUGUGUGAAUCAAAACAGCAGUUGGAGAUGGAUUUCUCCAAGUUACAGAAAGAGCACGACAAUUAUAAAGUCAGGGAACAGAGCCUAAGUCUUGAACUGCAAAAGCAAAGGGAUGAAAUUGUACAGUGGGAGGACAAAUCGAUGGCACUUCUAGGCGAGCUAAUCUUUUCGGAUGUGCGAGAGGCAUUGCUUGAAGAGAAAAUCUGUGAACUCAGUGAGGCUUACCGGAGUUUAAGUGAAUCAAAAUCUGCAGAGAUUGAACAGCUAAAGGAUAGGGUCUCCACUCUGGAAGGGGAAAAUGAAGGGCUAAAUGCUAAGCUUUCUGGUUGUAUGUCAGAUAUUGGUUACUUGAGGAAUUCUGUAUCUUCUUUGGAGAGUCUUGCCGGUCUGUCAAAACAACUCAAGAAACCUGCUGAUCACGAUGUUAUGGAUGCCAAUGUGACCGGUAACCUGGAGAUUGGUAAAGGUCUAGAGGCUGUUGAAGAUAGUACACCCACUGUGCCAGAGGGAUCAUCAGAAAUCCAGGAUUUGCAUAGGAGAAUCCAGACCAUUGAAACGGCACUUCUGGAAAUGGAGAGGGCUGCGACCCUAGAAAAAUCGCAAACUAAGUCUGAACUAGAGGCCGCGAUGGAGGAGAUUGAGAGGUUAAAAUCCAAAAUCAGCUUGGAUCAAGAAAACAGUUCACUUAGCCAUAACGGACCUGGUGGACUUAACAACGGUAUUGCAAAUGGUGUGAUGCUGCAAAAACCCAAAACUGAGAUAACUGAAGCGGAGAAUGAACUUUUGACUAAGGACAUCAUGCUCGACCAGAUCUCUGAGUGCUCGUCAAAAGGUUUGAGCAGGAGAGGAACUUUGGAGGCUGAUGAUCAAACGCUUCAGUUGUGGGAAAGCACCGAAAAGAAUGGGAGCCCCGAGGUCAAAAUCGGGAAAGCGCAAAAGGGAACUGUCUUGCCGAGUGACUUCAAUGAAGUCAAAGCCCACGGGGAACAUCGGAGCCUGAAUCCUUCUACCGAGUCACUUCUUGAGAAGGAGCUGGGAGUCGACAAACUUGAGAUCUCCGGGAGUUUUGGAGGGUCCCAAACUCAAGGAGGCAACAAGAAGAAAGUACUGGAAAGGCUAGAUUCGGAUGCUCAAAAGCUGACAAACCUGCAGAUAACCGUGGAGGACUUGGUGAAAAAGGUGGAAAAUACCAAGAAGGCCAAAAGGGGGAAGAGCUCGGAAUAUGAUGUUGUGAAGGUUCAGCUGGAAGAAGCCGAGCAAGAGAUCGCUAACUUGUUGGAGACUAAUCAAAAACUUUCGAAGAGUGUUGAGGACGGUUUCUAUUACUACGAUGCAAAAUCUGCUAAAGAGUCGGACAACAGCGGGAACAUCAGUAGGAGGAGGAUAUCCGAACAGGCUCGGCGAGGCUGUGAGAGGAUCGGGCGGCUACAGUUGGAGGUGCAGAAAAUACAGCUGCUUUUGUUGAAGAUGGACGGGGAUAAGGAAAGCAAAGGCGGGAAAACCAGCAUGCUGGAGCGGAAAACAAGUGUUCUUCUGCGAGACUAUUUGUACGGCCGAAGCAACCAGAAGGGUAAGAAAAAGCCCUUUUGUUCGUGCAUGCAGCCGCCAACAAAAGGCGACUGAGCCUUUUCUUGUAGAGUUAGUCAUUGGUUUUUACUAGAACUAGUUUCUGUCCAUAAUCUAUCUACGAUAGAGUUGCGAAGUCCGUAUUUUGCUGGUGUUUCAAGAAGAGGUUAGGUCUCUUCAGUGUAGAGAUCCUUUUUGUACAUGAAAGGCCCUAUCCUACCAAAUGUUGCUGCUUUUUUCAUUGUGUCUUGCUGUGAUGUUUUACUCUCUGGUGUUUCUCUGCAUAUAUUUCUUUCUUCCUCA